GCGCUCUUUAACUUGAACGUGGCAGGGAAGAGGCACAAAAUCCAAGAAUUGAAAUUAAUCUAUUUUAUUUCAGGUUCAUAUGUGGAGAAAAAUUGUGGAAGAAGACAUUUUUUAAAACGAUUAUCAUGAUGAUGGACGACGAGGAAGCCUUGAAAGAGAGUGUAUCUAACCUUAGGUCUGCGAUACUCCUCCACAGAACAGACAUUAUUCGGAGCAUACUUUCGACAGCUGCAGAUUGUAAGAAAAUUAAUUGUUAUUUCCAGUAUAUGAUCAAGUUAUGCGAGUUUUGUCUUAUUACACCAUUUUCCUGCAUCUAACAAGGUGUAUAUUAAGUCUGCUGAUGCAAAACACAGAUGAUUUUAAGUAGAUAGAUUUGAUUCAAUGAUAUCCGAGCUGGUCAAUCAUAACACACCUGUUUACUGUAUCAGCCGGUUUUCAAUUUCAUAUGCUAUGCAACUGAAAAUCGCAAUAAAUUAAAGCUUCAUUCUAGUCUUAAAAUGAGUUAAAUGAGAGAAAUAAAAGGCUCAAAACUUAAGGUACAUUAAGCUGUACGUUUGUCACCAACCCACUCUUCGAUAUAUGUAGACUGAAUUUCUAAUUUCUUAUAUGAUUUGAUAGUUUUACCGAAGGUACGGUGAUAUUGGUAUUGCAAUGAGUGCAUGUUUGUACCAAAAUCAAAUCAGAUGAUCCCUCUUUACUAAACUCACCAACUCUAGUCCUGUGCAUGAGAGUUUCUGUUUGUUUGUCUCGGUCAUCUCAAAAUGUUUUAAAAAUUAUUGAUGAGUUAAACGACUAUGGAGCAGCUUCCUGGCUAGACAGGUCCUAGCAGCCAUAGAUCACAUUCUGACAACUCCUUUAAGUUUUUCUAGUGAUACAGGUAAUUUACAAGUUGACUUUCAGUCCGUUAAACUGUAUUCUUAAUUGUAAUUAGACUGAAUGGAGUGCAAUUAGAUCUGCAAUCAUAUCAUACAAGUUAUUUCUAAGUCAAAAGAUCACACAGAGUAAGUUUGAUUUGAAAUCACAAGUAUGAUCUCUGACCAAAAUUGCACAACACAAGGUUCUAUUACCACUUUAGUACAUCCAUUUUGAAAUUGUAAAUUUCAGCUGCUCAAAUACAGGAUUUUUUUUAGGGUUUAGAAAUAGCUUAUUGAUUCACCACUGAGCUGAUUGGUAAAAAGUUGCAAAAAAUGUUUUUCAUUUUCCUUUAAUGUUAUUGGUUUCUAUAAACAAUCCUUGAAAUAUGAUUGGUUGUUUUGUUAAAGUAAAGGUUUGUUAUAGGCUUGGAAAAUGUGCUAUUUACAGGAAAAAAUGGUGUAAUUUAUGAAUAAAUCAUACCAAUGAGGGCUAGUCAGAUUGCUAGGAUCACCAGUGAUUUCAAAAUGGAUGUAAUAAAUCUGUUUAUGUACUGUGUCCCCAAUUGGCUUUGUGGUGCUGCACAAGUACAUCUGAUCAACACCUGUUUAUUUGCAAUUUAUAUACUGUGAGUUGGUAAUUCAUACUUGCACAUAAAAUUCAUUUUUCUGUGCACUUAUCUAAUACUUGCUAAAUAGGUGUAGUUUUCACACCUAUGAAUUGACCACUCUUAUUCCUUUCCGGCUCACAUUACCAGACUAUAGAAAUUCAGAUCAUUACAUGUACCUCUAAGUGACAUAUUUCAGGAAUUUCAGGAAUGUGUAUAUUGCAAAUUUAAACAUAUUUGCAUUACUAGAGGCAGAUAUUCUUGGCAAAUGACCCUAAGUUUUUCAAAGCCAUUAUUUUACUCUUUGAAAAUUAUUGAACACAUCUGGAAAUUUGGAAAAAUUUCAGAAAUUUAAAGAUCACAUCAUUAUCACAUCAUAUGUUUAGGUUCCCUAAGAAAAUGCUUGCUUACUGAUUUGUCAUGAAGAUGAUAUCACAGCUUUGAAUUUUACAAAAAGUAGGCAGGCAUAUAAAAAACUAUGUUGAACAAUCGAGUAUUUCAGCGUACUUGUACACUGUAUGUCUAUUUGCAUGUAUCACUCACUGCAAUUAUUGAUCAGAGCCUAUAACACCCUUUCCAUAUCUUAAAAAUAACUUGAAAUAAUUUUUUUGGGAAAGCAUUCAGUUCUGAAUCAGUAGUUUGUAGUACUUCAUAUCUAUUCUUUGUAAUGUCUUAGUAGCAGUGGUGCUAUUUAAAAAUCACAAGAUAUUAUCAUCAAUUUUUAACAGACAGAGAAGAGGAUGGGCUCUUUGGUGAUGAUGAAGAAGAAGAGGCUCAAUUGGGAGUUCCUAAACAGUUUUAUUAUGAUGAAUAUGAUGAUCCUUAUGAUAUUUUGAAGAUGAUGAUGAACUAUGUCGACAAUGAUGCUGGUACAUGUCUUCAUCUUGCUACUAAGGUAAGUCUGCAAGAAAAUCCAAAAUUGAACAUUGCACUUUAAAUUUUUCUUGAGGUUUACAAAUUUUUCUUGGGUUUAAACUUUUUCAUUCCAGUCAAAUUGUCUGUCGUUGUCAUGUAUUCAAAAACAUAUCGUGAAAGACAGGUUUUAAAUUUCCAAAUCCUUUGACCCCUAAAGAGUGACAAGCAUUUAAUUUUGCAAUAUCACCCUGAAUCAAACAUUAAGUCAUGAGAAUAAAAGAAAUGAUCACCAACUAAAAAGAUCUCUCUAUUGUUAAACAAAUUCUCCAUGUGGGGGGGUAAAAUUUUUGCCAGUUGAUAUAAUUUCUUUGAAUACUUUUUAGCUCAGUUAUGCAGAUGCAGUAAGGGCUUUGUUAGCAGCUGGAUCUGAUCCAACCAUUCCAAACAAGGAAGGAGCAACAUCAUUUGAUUACUGUACAGACAAGUCAAUCUUGGGAGUAUAUAAUGAGGAACUACUCCAGGCUACUGCAAACUCAAAGUAAGUAUUAAUUAAAAGUACAAUUAUGAAGCAAGUAGCUGUAUUACCAACACCAUUACUUAUAAUUCACAGCAAGUUUGCCGGUGCUCAUUUGAUGAUCUCGUGAGUGAAGACAGGCACUGUGAGAGUUAAAUGUUUUUCCUUAACCCUUUAACUUCCAGAUCAAAUUAGUAAUUCUCCUUACUGUCAACCAUACAAUUCUUAUAAUGUUAGUUCAGAGAAUUUAGUGCUGGAUCAACUAAUGAUCCCCAAAGUGAUAUUUUUCUUUAUUCUCAUCACCUAUUUGGUUGAUAUUGUAUUGAUGUUGUAAAGAGAAAUUCUUUCUUGGUCACUCAUGGGAGUUUAAGGGUUAAGAACACAACACAGUGACACUGUCUGGUCUUGAACCUGGAGUUUUCAAUCCAUACUUUUAAUUAGUAGACUACAUGUAAUUAAGCAAUUCUGUAUUACAAGAUGAGGAGCAGCUCAAUACAAAUUUACGUGUAUUUGUAUUGAGCUUAGUUUUGAAUGAUUUUUUUUUUUAGAAAUGUUAUAUUCCAGGAGCUUGGCCGACUAUGUAUUUCACAUACUGUAGUAUCAUUAAACAGGGUCUUCUGUGAAAUGACAGGAGCUAAGACCUGACCAUGCAUCACAUUGCUGUGAAUUUGGGAUACUUGUUCCAGUGACCUCACCAAUCUAAGUGGCCCUUCAUUACAUUCAAUUUUGUACAUUCAAUAAUUUAUGGCUAUUUGAUAGAUUAAUCCUAUUACUCAUGACCAUGUUCAUUCAUUCGUGAUCCACAGUACUCCCAGGGUACGUAAAUUGCUAAAGGCAGGAGUCAGUGUGAAUGCCAGUGAUGGAGCAUCAAGUGAUAACAAAGCACUCCAUUGGGCUGCCAGCUAUGGAAAUGCUGACAUUGUGAAACUUCUAUGUGGUAAGUUGGCUUAAUACCAAGUGUUCUGUUAAUUCAUCAUGUGUAUUAUCUUUACUUGCAUAGACAUUAAUAGUGGUACUUAAAAACCAUCCUGUGGUCCACCCAAAGUCUUCUUCAGAUCAACUUACAGGUUUACACAUCCAGGUUUUUUCUUACUAGGGGAUGCACCACAUAGAAAUGAAGUUACUGACAUGGCAACAUAAACAAAUUUUAAUAGCAAAUAACAAAGAAUAGGGCUUAUGACUAGGAAGAACAUUAAUUAAUAUGAACUUGGAAUUCAUUGUACACAGAACAUGAAGCCAAUGUAAACAUCACUAACAAAGCUGGAGUAACUCCCCUUCACGACGCAGUCAACAGAGGAGAUUUAGAGAUUGUCAGAAUAUUACUGGAAUAUGGAGCAGCAACAGAUAUUAAGGCUAAAGAAGGGUGAGUAAUUUAAGGUAAUUAAUAAAAAAUUUACAUCAACAAAAAAUUUUCAUUAUUCAUAAUGAUACCAACCCUCCUGGACAAUUUGGGAUUUGCUUACAUGUAGAUGCUAAAUGUUUUAGAUGCAUUUUUUAUUCUCAAUUGAGUGAAGUGCAAUUUCGCUAAAUUUCCAAAAUAAAGUAAAUACGGGUUUCCUUUUUAAUGAUUAAAAUGAAAAAAUAAUUAAUUUUUUUUCCUAUUGGUAAAGUGGUUUUCUCUACAAGAAUGGUUGUGUUUUUGCAUAUUUUGUGUUCACUUUUAGAGUUGGAGUAUUUUUAUGAGGCUAACAAGUUAUAUUUCAACCUACCUAAAUUAAAAAAUUUCUGUUCUGCCAUGUCUUUCCAUACUCUCAACACUAUAAAAAAAAACUGCAUUUGUAAAACAUACCUUUUGUUCCAGACCAUGCAAAGGGAAAACAGCACUUAAUUUAGUUACUACCGUUGAAAUGCAAGAGUUACUAACAUCACCUGUCAUAAGGGAAGAAAAGCCUGUCGCCAAUGGAGCUGCCACUCAGCAGGCCUUGGAUUCAGGUACAUCAAUGAAUUAUAGAAUGUAAAUGUUCUUUAAAUCAAACAAAUUCUCCAAUUUUGUGACUGCUUUUAUAAUUUUAUAACUUUUUAAAUUUCAUGUGACAGAAUCGCUGCCGUCAGAGACCAGUACUCUACCACUGACACCAGCAAGUACUUCCUCUCUGCCAUCCACUCCUUUGUUCAAGUGUCAUCUACAGACACUCUCUGGAAUGACCCCACCAGCCAACAGUGAUACUCUUGAUCCCCUGUUCCGUCUUGUCUGGCCACACCCUCAAGUAACCACCCAAAUGAAGGGUCCAAGGUUUUUCCCCACAUCUGUCCUUCCAAUUGUGAUAUUUAGGGAGUUAAAAUCAGGUAAGGUAACUUCAAAAUCUUAACGCAGCUUUUCUUUUUGUAGUGGUCUGCUUGUUUGUUUGUUUGUUUGUUUGUUUGUGUAUGUGUACUAAGUGAGUUAUGAAUCGUACAGUUGAUAAAUAAUGUUGUAGUGAAACUGUUUACGUCUUAAUUGCUGUUUUUGUGACAACAUUGUUCAGACGUGUUUAUAAGGAUCAUAUUAGCAAAAGCAAUUCUUGAUUUAACUAAGUACAGGAAAAUGGCCAACGUAUUUAUUUAGUAAAACGAGGAAUUGAAUGUUUGAUGCAAGGUUUAUGGUAUCUCGCAUGCAUAUCCAAGACGUGUUUUACAGUGAAGUUGUCCUUGCCAGUAGCAAUGAAAAUCAAAAACUUGCUUGAUCGAGGUACUGACUUCAAUAAAACAUCCACAGAUAACUUUCAAGAAAUUGUUGAGAUUUGGAACACAGUGGAAGAAAGUUUUCAGCAAGUUGGAUAUUCCUUGGACCUAAAGGUUGUGGGAGAGGGUAAGAAAUGCGUAAUUGUUUCAGAAAGCUGCUUUGAUAAAUACAGUUUAUUUCGUAAGUAGGCCUUGAAGUUUUUCUUCUCCUCCUGAAUUGAUUUCUAACGCAUAUCCCAGCCUUCUCUGAGUCAACGAUUGGGCACCUUUUUUGCUUUUAUUCUUACUUGAAAACGUUUCUUGAAAAAAAAUUUCGGAGUACUAAUUAACACUCCCUGAGGGGAAGGGAUCAGGGAAGGUCUGUGAAAAGAUUGGAGUGAUGAGAUUUGCAUAUAAUCACGCAAUGCUCGCUGAAAAAAAACAAUCAUGAAAACUUGCGUUGAAUUUCAAGACCAUUGAACUAAAAAGUAGCAUAACUACCACUUGACAACAGCGGCCAUGGAUCACUAACUACUAGGAGGGUUUGUCGAUUGUUGUUUUCUGGGUGAAGUAGAAAAAAAUGGCUUGUUUUCUUAUAAUAUGGGAAAGGCUUUCAAACCCCAGUUUUGUUUUGUUGUUCUGUCAGUACUUCAUAUCUUUUUUUUAUAAACCUUUCACAGUAUCUCUUUAUCCAUGAGUAUUUUCUGUUCAAACCCACAGCCUCCACAAGGAGAGGGAGUGUUGCAAGUAGCAUAGAGUGUCAUGUGUGUCCUCAUUCAUUCAACAAGUCAGAGAGCUAUAGGAUUACUAUUUCAACUGUUAAGGUACAAUAUACAGCUUUGUGGUUUUACUUUUCGAGGUUCUGUAAUUAGUCAGAUAAACUCGCGUCAUUCCCCGCAUAUUAAUAUGCAAAGCUAGAACAGAUCUCUCCCUUUUCGCGGUUAUAAUUGUUGACUUUUACGUGUUCUUGUGAGUACCUUUCCUCUGAAGAACCGCAUUAAAUGUACCUUCAUUAACAACAGGUUCUUAUAACUGCGAGUGAUCUCCCAGGGUUGUGGUAUGCUGUAAACACUGUACUUCAGAUAUUUCGACUUUUCCAUGGAAAUGGGAUACCACAAGCGCAGGUAACGUAGUCAUGUUAACGUCAUUUACUAGUACGUUUAAUCAUAAGACUUUUUGGACUCUGUCGUAGGAAACCGGCAGGAUCGAGAGGUUCUGGGUCGAACGUUUGUCGCGUUAUUUAUUUCGCGUUCUUAGACAACACGCUUUUCUAUUGAAGUACCAGUCUCCACUCAGGAGUGUAAAUGGUUACCAGGAAAAACUUACGAAAUGCUAGGGGGGGUUACCUGCGAUGGACAAGCAUUCCAUCGUGGGAAGGGGGGGACCUUAAGGACAUGUAUUAAACUACUCUUUACCUUGCGUUUCGUUUAAGAUCAACGACUGGCCAGACUUGAAAUUCAGAGGAGUGUUAUGGGAUGUUUCAACAGGGCGCGUUCCAACAUUAGUAAGUACACGUACUUGUGCAUUUUUGAUACAAAAAAAAUAUGUUCUCUUAUUACGAAUAUUUAUCUGAGCGCGGUACAUAAUCUUUUAAAGAAAAGCCUCUCCACGAUUCCUCGUAAAUGAAUAUACUAGACGGGUUACUCAACUGAACUCAAGCAAUGGUAUCUCAAACAUGUCGUCUUGCACACUAGUAACGGUGCAAAUUUCUAAUCGAGGAGUUACAUGUUUUACCUCCGACGAGUUUCUGAUACUAACUAGACAAACAGUAGUGCUCUUUUAUUCACAUUAUGCUGCAAUAAUUGGAGAAAGCGUCACCAUUGUCAAGAAUGAGCAAUGGGGUGGAAUGGAGCUACAUUUCACGAAUCUAUAAUUUUUAUAAUUUUCCAAGUAAAAAGAUCUGACACGCUAUUAUUCUUUUUGCUUCUGUAAAUUUCUCUCUAAAUUAAUCAAGAAAUUGUACUGUUUUUGUCAAAAUGAAACGCUUCAGCCGUGAACUUUGUCAAUUCUCGUUACCUGGAAAUAUAUUGAUAUCGUACGGAGAAGUAAGACAUAAGUUACUACUGGAAGUCAAAAGUGAAUAACUUACAAGUCAUGUUAUUUCUUUUCCACCCAGGAAACAGUGUUUUCCCUUAUCGACAUUUUGUCGGCCAUGAAAAUCAACCAGCUACAAUUAUACAUGCAGAACACAUUUUCCUUUGCUGGACACGAGACAGUUUGGCGGAACAACACGGCUUAUGACGCAAGGUGUGAAGUCGUAACUGUUAUAUGUCAUUUUGUUGUGGGAGACGCAGCAGCCUUUUUGGUCUGCACAUGCCGUGGACUCUGGAUCGAAUGUCCGGGUUGAGACCUUGCCAGGUCGUUGUGUUGUGUUCUUUGGCAAGAUACUUUGAAUCUCACAGCGCCCCUCUCUAUUCAGGCGGGUAAAUGGGAACUCGUGAACUGUCACAAAAAACUAACAAAAAGCUAGGAGGGAGGGUGGGGAGAUGGGGGGUGGGUACACUGCGAUGGAACAGCAUUCCAUCCGGAGGAAUGAGUGAAACUUUGUAGUAUAAUCUGAAAAGCUUAAAGGGAAACUCUCUCUGCUUUACUUUUCGUUACAGUUUACGAAAACAAUUACAUGAAACUACAGUUUUCCAUUAAUCGUUUUCUCGUUUAGUUUCAUUGUUAAUUUUUUCUGUUUAUUUUCGUUAUUGUUGUCGUCUGUUUGUGUUCAAUUUUUAGCUUUCUUCAAUUAUUUUCUACAGUGAUAUCAUCAAAAUAGACAGUUACUGUAAAAGGAGAUACAUUGAGCUUGUGCCGCAUGUUGACAGUUUAUCUGGGUUCAGUCAGUGGUGAGUUAACAACUUUGUUACUGUUCACGGAAUCGAAACGCUGUACACACACUUCCGCAAAUUUGCAUAGGCUUGUCGCUUGUUGAAGUCUACCCUGUUUCCACGUUUCCUCCAGUUCGCCUUUGUCGUUACUUUCCGGUUUGUGUUUGUGGUAACCAUUAGCAAAUCACUUUGAGGAAGAGAAUUUUCUACACGCUAACUCCGUCAAAAAUUUGAAAUGUUGUAUCUUUUGGAUCCGGUGUGUCUGUUCUAUAAAUUGUCGGCUAACGUACCCUCGCACCAGUCUGGGACCCACUAGCUUUGCUCAUUCAGAAAAAAGAACAGCCUCACAAGUGUGCUAAGUUAUCAUAAAAAAGUGAUAUUUAUGUAUGAAUUCUCUUUCGCAGGCUGAAGUUCAAAAUGUAUAAACAUCUAGCAGAGGAAGAGGUUGAUUUCGAUCCUCGCCAACAAAGGUAUAGAAACUUCGUUCCUAUCCUCUCCAUCUUUGCUCCUUUUGGUUUAUCAUCGCCUCAUUUUUGUUUAUCUCUUUAACUGAACUAAUAUUUCGAAGUCUUUUCCAAACUUUAGCAAUUCUUGAGCUUUGCGAAAAGGCAAACAAAGAACUAAAAUUGUUAAGAUUAGCUUCUCUACCGCAGGAGAUCUUUUGUCGCUGAGCGUAGUUCCUUUAUUUUUCUAAUAAUGUAGACUGCCAUCCAGUCUCUGUCCAACAAACGAUGAGAGCAUAACUAUGGUUCUUGGUCUUCAUGCGCAAACUUUCGCAUGUUUUUCAUCCACAAGGUAAAGAUUACUAAUCACUUACUACAUCUGUUAGAUUUGUCUACCGAUAAACCAAUCACAAGUACUUUACUAUCUAUCGAUAAAAGUAGGAAAGACUUUUUUUGUUGGUUACAAAAUAGCUAAAUUGUCUAUAAAGUACACAAGAUAUUCAUAUCAGCAUCUAGAUCACGAUAUUUUAAUAGGUAGAUAUAGGUAUUUAUGUGUUUUGUCUUCUUUAAGUGAAAAAAACCCGGCCGGUGGUACUUCCGGAGAACACUACGAACAGCAAAAGCUUUUUCUUGAUGGCUAGGUUUUUUUUUCUAACUCAGCGCUUGUGUCAUUCAGGUUUGCUCACGUCGGCUUGGACUUGGCACCAGAAUUUGGAAAAGGAAAAUCGCACGUUAUAGCACAGGUAGUGUUGCGACACAAUGUUGUUCUAUUUCGUCAUUACGUUCUUGACAGUGACAUACCUUUUAAUUUAUCUGAUGGCUGUCUUUAUUUGUCAGUACUGGCUGAUCGAACUAUUCUGUUCCUUAAUAAACGUUCUAGCCGGAUCGGUUAUGUCCGUUGAUCGAGGCCUAUUACUUUUUUUCCUCCUAGGUGCACUGUUCACGAAUUUCUCUAGCCCUUGAGUGACUUAUAAUGCAAAUUACCAUCUCCUGGCCUUUAAAGGGCGCUGGAGAACAACACUUAUACACCCUUCCGCUUAAGGAAUUUUCUUUCGCUUUACAUAUACAACGGCAAGAAGUAAUUUUUUUCGCUUGACCAGGCCUGAUAAAUGGACCAAGCCUUAAGUUUCUGACUGUUCUUCUUAGGCAAAAGGAGUGGACGAAGUUUACAUGGGUCAUCUCCGAUCCAUGCACAGAUCUUGUUGUAGACACGGUCGGACCUUGCAGUUUUGGGCCAACGCCCUCCACGAUGACCCAGAGCAGCUAUGGAAUCUUCCUCCAGGGGUGAUAGCUAUGGAAUAUGGGCACACGGUAUUUAUAGCAUUUCAGUUUUUUCGUUCAUUUGUAUUCAAAGCAUUUUUUCGUUGGAAGACAGAUUAUACAAACGCGUCUGAGACGUGUAAAACUUAGUAUGCGAGGUAAAGGAACCUCUUUUGAUUACCAUGAUCGCGAAAAUCCCCUUUUCUGCACACGUACGGACCUCAAUUUCUUGAAGUGGGUACAAUAAUUAAAGGCUGUUUUCCUUCUUUGUUUUAGGUUGAUCACGACUUUUUUAAAUAUUGCAAAUCACUAGCCGAUGCUGGGUGAGUAUGUUUAAAUGUUCCACACUCGAUAUUCGUCUGGUAUCAAGUUCAAAGUCGGUGAUACCAUUUUGAUGAUAGGUAAUUUCAAGAUUUAGAUGACACAUUUUUUUUUCGUUUCAAUUUCAGUAUUAGCUUUUUUGUCUGCCCAGGAACCGGAUCAUGGAACAGGUGAGAAGUUUAUCGAUUUACUAUUUUUGUCCUAUCUAAAAAGAAGGCCCCAAAUUACACAGAAAGAUUCUCUCGCUUUUAAAUAAGUAAGUUUAAGAUUAAACCGCUCGUGCAUCCAUUUAGGAACAAUGCCUCUCUGAUAUUUUAAACAUUUUCUUCCCAGUGUUUGUGGAAACACGGACGAGAGUAUAGCAGUGAUGAACAAUGCUGUUCAAGCAGCUGUUUCCUGCAACGCUUUAGGUAUCGUCAUCUGUGAUUGGUCGUUACCUGGUCACGUAAAUCCACUGAGUGUCAGCAUCCCAGCAUUCCUUGCGGGUGCAGGGUUAGCGUGGAAGGCCUCCUUAGAUUUGGUAAGUUUCCUGUUCGGUUUCUCAGAAAGUUUUGUUCUCACAGAAUUAUUGAAGUUUUUCACGAAUUUUGCAACAAGUAUCUUAUUUCGUUAAAUUUUAUGAGAUUCACUAAGAACACAAUUUGUACCCUCUUAGGCUAUCAUGAAGUCCACUCUCCCUGAUGUCCUUAGUCACCACGUGUUCAUGGACUCAUCCGGGACAUUUGGCCGAGCACUAAUGGACCUAGGCACUACACAUUCCAAUUUAAUCAAAGAUGGUUCGCUGGAGUCACGUGUCCCAAGUGAUAACAGAAGGGUUCAUCCUGUUGCGCAAGGUCCGGGAAGUCAGCUGCUGUGGCGACUGCUGGAGACUGAAGGCUCGUGUAAUCUUGACAAAGUUACUUCGGACAGUCUACAGGUACUAAGAAGCUAAAUGUUUUUUUUUUUUUUUGAGAUAUGGGAGGUUGUUUUGACUAUCCUUUCCGCCCAGUCAAAUUUUAAGCAGGUGCUUUACUACUUUCCUUUCCCUCUUUCCAUUUUCAAGUACGCUUUGAAAAUUGUUUCCAGACUUAUUCUGUAACCGUCUGUUUUAACAGCCUGUGCGGCAGUUGGAGUACACUGAAAAGCAAGCUUUUGACUAAGAGAUUUUUCACCUACCACAUUCUCCUGUUCAAUUUAACAACUGAUUUUUUUCCCCAUUUUAUAGAGAGCUGUGCGUCAGAUACGAAACUGUCACAAGACGUUCAUAGCAGCGGAACUCAAAUGUAAACAGAAAACAGAGAUUAUGAAGGAACUUGAAGUUUUGGUUGAAAUAUUAUUAUUUACCACUAGGUGAUGUACCAAUUAUUUACUUGCUUACUAUUAAUUUAUUAAAGGAGGCUAACGGCUCAAUAGUCCUGAAGCGAGCGCCCGCUCUAGUCUACAGAACAUGAUAACUUGAGUUCGAAUCCGGGUGGGAACCUUCUGUUUUCUUUUUUUUUUACUUUGUCAAUGACUCGUAAAAUCAACGAAACUGGCCUCGUGUGGCCAUGUCAUUACUUCAGCCAUUAUCUUUACCUUUCCUGAUUGAACACUUUUUCUAGGAUUUGUCGGUCGCUGAUUUUAAACAGAAAGCAGAAUUCAAGCACUUCUCUAAAGGAUCUUCCAGCCAUCACCAAAACAGACCUAGCAAACAAGUAAGCUCAACAUGUACUGUAGUACUUCUGCUAAACUCUUCUUUUAAGCUUUGUAUGGACACAUUUAGCCUCAGUGCUAUAUUGUAUCGACCCUGGUUGCUUUUCGAUUUCGUUUUGCUGUCGCUAUCUCAGGAUCAAAAACUACCAAGGAGAAAAAUGGUUCGAGUCCUUAUUCAAAAUUCAUGUUGAAACAGCGUUGACAAGGGUCAAACAAUUUUGGAAGAAGAGGCGAAAAAAAGAAACGACUGUCAUGACGAGAAAAUGAGGGACAGAGAGGAACAGUUAACGCUUCUGCUUGGACGUGUGUUAAAUUCCACUUAGUUUUCCUCACUUAACCCUUCAACUCCCAAGAUCUGAUUGUUAAUUCUCUCCUCUUGCUGCUAUACAAUUCCUUGUAAAUUAGUUACGAGAAUUUGGUGUAAGAUCAAGAUAAAAACUUUGGGAGUCUCUUCUAGGAGUCAAAGUACGAUCUUUUUACUUUCAUUUAUUUCUUAAAUCGUUUUAACUGACAAAACUAACAAUUAUCUAAGCUGUCCGCUAUUAAAUUAUUUCCACUCAGAAGAACAGACCGAGGGUGACCCUUGCGUGCAUGUCUCGAACGUCACUGUUGUUCGAGAGGCUACCUGACAGUGCUCACUUACUUCAGUGAGAUUGACACAUUCCAUUGCUGGGUUUAAGGGCUUCCUACUAGAUCUUCUCAUUCCUCUUGUUGUCGUGGCGUAGUGUCGUAUCUUUAAGCAUAAUUGAGUUACAGCAAUGAGUAUGUCGCAAUGUGUACUUUUAAGAAUAUUUGUUAGUAUAUGUAUUUACAUGUAAGCAGUGUGGAUGACCAAACAUUCUUGUGAGUUGUCAUCUUAAAACCGGCGUGUUGAGCGAUUCACUAGAUAGUGAUAUUAUAAUUUGUCCGUUUUCAGAUUGUUGGCGCUCGUAGAUAUUUACCAAAAGGCUUACCUGUUACGGAACAAACAUGGCGGACUCCUCAGUGCCUUACAGCUUCUUCAAAACUUCCUGCCCCAUCUGCUUCCCAAGGACGAAAAUUGAACGCGUUUCUAAAUACUGAAUUUAACUUAAAAUAAUCUAAACAAAAGAACCAUUCAAAACUAUCUCUGGCUUCACAGAUGUACAUAUCAAGUUUAACCCUUGAUCAAAUUUUCUUUUCAGUAUAAAGCCAUUUUACCACGAAAUUUACAAUCUGAGGAAACCUUAGCAUUUUCGCCAUGAAAAGUACAAUAUGAGGAAACCUCAGCCUAAAUUGCCAAGAAGGACAAGGAUUCUUGAACAAAUUUUAAUGAUGGCUUAGUUUGAAAGGAAAGAAGUCAGAGAAAAAGGACUGAAUUGAAGUGCGAUUUCCAAACUGAGUUUGCAUUAUCCUUCAAAGGUGAAGAAAAUAAAAGUAUUACA